CCAGCACUCUCCUAUUUCACCUGGGGUCGUAGUGCGCGUCCUAAAAGAGAGCCAAGCAUUGAGUGUCACGCAUGGAAUAAUGUAUGCAUUCUGUAAUCGCGCGGUGGUUAUUGACAUUGACCCUGGUCAACUGGGCGCUAACCAAUCCGCCUUGGAAAAAGGUAAACUUCAAGAAUAGUGCGGUAGAUGACGAAGCGAGCGGGUCCGAGUGGCUGUCAGCGGCGGCACUUAUCGCUCGUCACUUUCCAGUCGUCACAACUCGGGCAGGCCAUUCGCAGGAUAUCGUCCGCCACAGAUCAGAUAAUUCCCCCGGAUAAAGACACUUUGAGUUUCCUUGCUUUUGCCAAUCAUCACAGCCGAAGCGUUGUCUUGGCCUCACGCGGGCAACCUCCGUACUAUUGAAGUUCAGACACCG